AUGUCGACCAAGAAGCUGCCCAGAUUUAGCGGUAUGUCUUUUUGGUUUGUUCCCAAAAAGUUAGUGAGAGCACAAAAGCAAAUAUUGGCGAAAAAGAUUACAGAAAGAGGAGGAAUUGUUUUAGCUGACUACGUCCCUGAGACUACCCACGUGCUUGUGCCGCGAGGCAUCUCUUUAGAAGAUGCCCAAAAAGCAAUGAAAACAAAGGACCACAAACCAAGGCAUUUGAAGAUUGUUCGGAUCGACUGGCUUCCAAAAUGUAUUCAAACAUGUAGCAUUGUUCCAUUAUUGUCUUUCGAGGUAUAUUUAUAUUUUGUAAUUAAUCUUUUUAUAUUAAUAAAUCAGUUUCCGUUUGAGUUUAAUAGUGAUUUUGUAGUGAUGCUCGAGAUAUUUAUAUACGGUAAUCACAUUAAAAUUUUUUAUUUUAGAUGGCAAGUCAUUCUGAAGCAACGGAUGCUCAAAGUGACUAUUCUCCCCCUUCCAAAAAGAGAAUGAUUAAAAAGCGCGAGUUAAAAAUAUCUCCAUAUUGAUAGGCCUUGAUGAUGUUGAUUUAAUUAGGCAUUUUAUUCUAAGAUAAGAUAGGAUAAAUAGCGAUGUUUGUGGAACAAUGGGGGUUAUUUUUCCAAGAUGGCGUCCAAAACAAAGAUGUAAAAAAGAAAAUAAAAAACAAAUUAUAUUUCUUUCAGCAGGAACUCUGAGGAGUUUAACUGAUUGAAUUAUUAUUUGAUAUCCUGCAGAUUAUGAGUUCGAAUUGAGUGGAACAUCGAAACUGCCCCAUGCAACAAAAGUGGUUGAUUGGGUGAAACAUGAAGAUGGUUAUGGUUUUAACCUUUCUACCGAAGAGCUUCACCUGCCCGUAAUUGUCAAAGCUGUACCCAUACCAGAGCUGCAAAUAAAUGGCAUUGGUGUAUUCUUCCAGUUCUCUGACGAUGGCAAAUUGGUUGGAUUCCAAAUAAACAUAAGGAAGAAGUAG